AUGGAGGAGCAGCCGAAGGAGGGCGAGGCCGAGGGCGAGGAGCACUGGUUCUCUAAGUGGGAGCGCCAGUGCCUGGCCGAGGCAGAGCAGGAAGAGGAGUUGCACCCCGAUAUGCAGGAGGAGGCGACCCCUGAGGCGGCGGGGCUCAAGAGCGAGAAGCAGAAGCUGUGGCACCUCUUCCAGAACUCAGCUACCGCUGUGGCCCAGCUCUACAAGGAUACGGGGUGCCAACAGCCAGGACUCUCCUUGUGGGACCCCUUCCAGAGUGCGGCCAUGGCUGUGACCAGCCUCUACAAAGAGAGCGGGGAUGCCCACCAACGAAGUUUUGACCUGGGCGUCCAGGUUGGCAACCAUCGUCGCGUCAAAGAUGUGCUGGAAUGGGUGAAAAAGGGCCGGAGCACCAUCCUUCGAGAAGAUCUGAUUAGCUUCCUGUGUGGCAAGGUGCCCCCCGCGACUCUGCCGCCGCGCACCCCGAGGGCGCCCCCGAAGCCACCCGCCGGGGCCCCCAGCCAGGCCGCGGCCACCGAAUCCGGCUCGUCGGUGGACGUUGACCUGCAGCCGUUCCACGAGGCCAUCGCCCUGCACGGCCUCAGCGGUGCCAUGGCCAGCAUCAGCGUGCAAUCUGGAGCGCCCGGCUCCCCGCCUCAAGGCAGCGGUGUGGCCGGCGACGGCCACCGAAGAAGUAGCUUCCUCGAGGACAGCUCGAACCCCAUCGACUCCGAAGAAGUGGCCCUCCACCUGGACAGUGGGGGGACCCGCAAGCGCACCUCGGCCCAGUGUGGUGAUGGCGACACAGACUCCCCAACCCACAAGCGCAACCGAAUGAUCUAA